AGUAGAUCGUUGCAAUUGCAAAUCAACAUGCGUCCACCAAAAACAUGACUCAGAUUUUCAGCAUCGCUUCACCCCCGCCACCUGGCGGUGGCGAAGUGCACCACGACCCGGACGACGAACACAAUCGUCCCAAGCAACGGCCACACAACCAGUUCCACGAAACCUCCAUAUCAACUGCAAAUAUGUCUGGGUCUGGAAGAUUGCCAGGUUUGUCAUGCAUAUUUUGCAUAACCCAUCAUGUCUGCAAUGCAUGCCCUAGCAUCAGAGAUUCUGCGAGGGCUUUCUGAUGCUCAUACAGCAUGAGAAAUGCCGUCUCCGCAUAGCACAAGUUUCGCCUCUUUUGCAGCUGUUCAUCAUGCAAUACAGAUUUUAUGUAGGGUCCAACUUCCAGACCCAGACAUAUUGGCAACGCAUACUCCAGCCAGCAAGAGGACCACGAUGAAGCGACUUUCUUGGAAGAUUUUCUCACCAAAAAUCAAAACACCAUCUGGCGCCGGAAAGUGUACUUCUGGCUUCUGGGCGGCAUUUGGUUGGUCAACGGCAUGCAGACAUUGGUGCACCCGUUUCUGGUUUUGGAUGUGACAGUACCAGUUGCACCAAGCAAGACGACACAUGUGGAACGCAAUGUAGACGGCACAGUGCAUGUACAAAAUAAAGACGGGGGCACAGCUACUGACACCAUGGACACCUCCACCUCCUCCGGCGAGCAAUCUUUAUCAGGAAUAUCCAGUGCAAAUAUGUCUGGGUCUGGAAGAGUGCAAGACUUGUCGUGCAUUCCGCGGACCGCGCAUGUGGUCUGUAAUGCACACUACAGAAGCAUCACUGACUUGGCGAGACGGAGACGUUCGCUAUGCCUAUCCCGCAUGAGAAAUCCGCCUUUUGCUCAGCAAGAAGUGGGCAUCUUUUGGCCUUCAUGCAAUACAGUUUUUUUUGGGCUUGAGACUUCGCAUGACAAGUUGCAUCCUUCCAGACCAAGAUGACAUAUUUGCAAUGCAUAAUCAACCUCCCUCCACGCCAUCCAGCUCUACCUCGGCAUCUCCUGGUUUUUCGGUUUUUUCAUCGGAAUGGUAAUCAUCUCCCCGUUAGCCGAUCUCUACGGACGAAAGAAACCGCUGCUCUAUUCCCUUUUCGUCAACCUGAUCGCCAGCUUCGCGUUUUGCAAGGCACACAGUCCGGCUAGUAGUACUUCUUCUAGUACAGCACCAGGAGACGAAAGCGACGUCCUUUUCGAAGACGCCUUCGUCCUCUGCCUCCUUCGGGCGGUGAUUGGCGGAACGGUUGGCGGCGGCGGCAUGGUGGCGCACUUGUUGAUAUCCACGAAAAAACACCCAUCCCCAUCCAUUUUUUGCAUGACAAACACUGGAUUUUAUGCAUGUCCAUGUUUUGCAUGACAAAUUGGAUGAGGAUGGGUCUUUUCUUGUGGACAGUUGAUGCUUGAAAUUUGUCCGAUCAAGCUCCGGCACAGCUACGCACUGUCAUUGCACAUCCAGUUCGCGGUAGGUGGAGCAGUCGUUGCGCUCUUAGCGUAUCUCAUCGGCCCAGGAGCUGGUACUGGUGGUGACGCAGAUCAUUUUUCAUCCAACCCUACCCAAGGCGAUUGGCAGCAGCUCUCGUUAGCAAUCGCGCUGAUUUCGCUGUUUCUGUUCUUACCUUGUUUCUGCUUCGUGAAGGAAUCUGUACGGUGGAAGUGGAUGAUAUUCACAGGAAAUAAUUUCCCGUACACCUGCAAAUGCAGUCUCUGCAUGACAAAACUGGGCUCUGAUCCGAGUUUAGCGUGACAAGUGUUACACUCCAAAUUGGUGAAAUUUGUGAUGCAUCUUGUACAUGUACGGGAAAUUUGUGUUCCAUAGAUGAAUGAGGACGCAAAAAACAAGAAAUCCACGGUGGUCUUGUAUUUGGAGGAUCUGGACAUUGCCAGUCCGGGCCCUCCCGCUGCCCAGCAUGGAGGCGAUCAUUACAACUUCCCUGAACAGCAACUGGCGUCACCAGUGUCAGCGGGAAAGACGCAGAACACGUGCGCAGCUGCAGUGGAACCACGACCGUUGGGAGCUGUAGUACAACCAGAUACAGCCAGCAAGCAGCCAUGUUCAUCUCGCCAAAUCACCUCCUCCUGCUCGCCGGUAAGUACCGAGGUGGAAACCAGUGCGGGGGAGUUCAAUUUCGAUGGUGGGUCUUCGGGGCUGGAAAACACCUCAGUCAGGUCGUCGACAACUUCGACUAGUUUGAGUUGUGUCGCUGCGGUCCAGCCAUCUGCCGUCGUUAUUGGCGCGACGAGGGGAACCUCCAGCAGCUCAUCAGUGGAAGAAGAGGAGGACGUUAGUGACCAUCAUGAUCCUGUUCUGGUUGCAACGCCGAAACGACUGGCAGGACCACAAGCAGAACUCGUAGCCGAUGCUGGAAUAGACGCAAGAAGCGCGUGUGAAGAUUCGGAUCUUCGGGCCUCCGAGAAUGUUGACAACUUCUGUGGUGGAAGCACAGAGGACAUUCCUGCCCCGCCACUGCCAACCGAAAUGAACCGCGUCCAUCUGUACACGCUGUGCUUCGCGUGGUAUGACAAUGCACAACUCCCCCUCCUCCUCAUUUGUAAUGCUUGAACGGCAACACAAGAAACGGCAGAAAUGGGCCUUCUGCAUGACAAAUCUACACACGGGCUGUAGUACUGUUUCAGGUUCCGAAGUUUGUCAUGCAAACAGUGCUUCAGCACAAGUGGUGGAUUCGGUAUUUUGCAUCACAAAUGAGGGGGAGGGGGAGUUGUGCACUUUCAUCCGUGGUUUUCCGUCUGUUUAGUGUACUACGGAAUGUCGUUUUCGGUCGAGAAGCUGACAGCGAAAGAGAAUAAAAACGACAGUAACAGCGGCUCCGACUCAACUGCAUCAAAGCAGGAACAAGCUGCGUCAACAUCAUCCUACCACCAAACCUACGAAAUCUACCUUCUCGCCGCUCUCCUCGCGCUAGUGGAGAUCCCGGCGUGUUACCUCGCCAACGUGCUGAUGCGCAUGAGAAACUUCGGACGCCGCGGCAGCACGUUUCUGUUUUUCAUCGGGAGCGGGGUGUUGAGCGGAUUGUUGAAUUUUGAACUAACUGAGACAUCAUCAGCUUCUACUUCGUCGUCCUCGGGUGGAAGUAAUAAAAACCAGUCCAGCAGCACCGCUUUAGUUCUCACCUGGUCCAUUGUCCUGCUAGGAAAACUUCUCAUCACCUCCGCUUUCGCCUUACUGUACACCUACGGCUCGGAGGUGUUCCACACGAAGAACCGGGGAAAGGCUUUAGCCUACCAGUCCGCGUCCGCGAGAAUUGCCGGGCUGUGCCUACACCCGAUUUUGGCGUUCUUCUCGGCGCAGGGUACUGCUACCGGUCAGAACGCGGUGUUCUUGCUCUUCGGCGGGGUUUCUGUUGUUGCUGGGUAUUGCUGUCGCAGGUUUUUGCCGGAAACACGGGGGAAACCGAUGGACGUGAACUUGGUAAGUGAAGAAGAAGAGCAUGGGCAAAAAAAUAGCACGCCUGGGAUAUUAGCAGGAAUGAACAUGAGCGGGUUAGAUGACAGUAAAAAAUUCACGGCGACUUCUGACAAACGAAAGUUUAACAGGAAGUUGAAAGCACUUGACUGUGGGGUGGAAAUAGAAUCUGCGAGCAGGAUUUGUGGGUGCUGCUUUGGCC